AUGCCUGUCAAGACAUCUACUUUCCUUGCUGCUCUCUUUCUAGCGCUGGAAAAUGUGUAUGGUCAAUUAUCAACCUCGUCUUUACUACUACGAUUCCAGGAGCCAUUACUAGACAGUGUGCAUCGAGCUCUGGCUGGAGGAGAGGAAGACGCUGAAAAAGAAGACUCUAUAUGUAAACAACCGGGUUCAUUUCUCGGUGUAGGCAACACGGAGUGUUUGCAUAAGCACCUCCGCACUGCCAUAUUUCUCUUGGCAGUGAUUAUUCUCGUGUCCAUUAUCUUAGACCGAGUGAUUCACUACUGUCGUCUCUCGAUCAAGUGCCCGCAGCUUCGAUUAAUCGUGAACCGCAUCUUUGAAGAAAUGAUGAUUAUGGGAUUCUUGUCCAUGAUCAUUUUCUCGCUCAAUACGAGUGGAUCUAUGAAUUCGCUCGAUUUGGACAAUCUAACGUCAGAAGAGCAGCUACAUUUCUACGAAUUUUUCCACUACAUUGUCUUUUUGACUAUGAUCUACUUCAUUAUCAUUGUUUUGCUUUUGCUAUUCAUUGGUACAGUCGUGCCAAAGCUUAUUUGGAACAUGAAGAAGCAUCCAAAUCAAGAACGUGAAAGUGUGAGUGACAUUCACGACGAUACGUACGAUGGUCGGUACACCAGCGUAGGUGAUCGAGAUGACUGUGGUGGCCGGUCGAGACGUUCGCAGCCUCGCGACUCUAGUCGGUACAGUUCGGGCAGCACCUAUUUGGACGAUGGUGAACGUACGCCAGAACUUCCAUCCGAUGAAUACUACGCUUCCAUGCGAGCACGACAACGCUCAGAUGCAGACAUGAUAAGUCGAAUGACGACGACCAGAGGGAGAUCCUCUUCCGGUAUGGAUCUCGUCAUGGGUUCGCGUGCGUACAGCCUUCUGCUGCAACGGUAUCAGCGUGAAGGCUGGUGGUUUCGAUUCAACAUUCGCAAACAAUGGAGUUUAUGGAAAAGUUUUGAGAUUCUCGCAUACAACAUUUGCCAAAAUCGAAGUGGUUACAUUUACAAAAAUCCAGCCGAGAUGGACCGUCUCUUUGGUGUACGACCUGCUCGUUCAUGGACUCAGCAAGCAUUUGAUGACGACGAAUAUGAUGAAGAUGAUCAAAUGACGUACGCUAAGUAUCAUGUCCUGUGCAUGCGCAACUUGCUAUACCACAUGACGAACAUUCACCCAUUCGUGUUUUUACUGUUGAUCAUUAUUUGUUUACUUCCAUCCAUUUUCCCCGACCAAGACCACUGGAUUUUUCUCGGUGUGGGAGCGCUGCUUUUGCUCUUAAAUAUUUGCAUCUUUUUCAAAGUGCUUCAAAUUUUGCGUGGCAUUGUUGAUGAUCGUCUUCGUGUCAUAACGUCAAGAGAAAUCCAAUCACGUCUUGAGAAAGCGCGUUCACGACCACGUCAUCGGAAACGGUCUGACGCUGCACCAGCAUCUGCCCAAAACUCAGCUCCUGAAAAUAAGGCUCCAGUCAAGUUCAAAGCUGCUGCUCUUGCCAUCCGCUCGAUCAUUCGAAUGCAGAUGUCAGCGCUGUGUCAUCGACAGCUUCACUACCACGAUGAGCGAUUCUGGUUCAAAAGUCCCAAGUUGUUGCUGCGACUUUUUCAGGUUGCAACAAUUGGUCAAGCAUUCUAUCUCGUGUGGCUUUCACUUGUGGAAAUUAACAGCAUGUCGGACUCGAUCCCGUCCGAUGGAGGUGGAAAAGGCCUUUUGGCUCUAAUGAUUGUCUUUCCGGUGUUGGCGCUGUUUAUCAUUACCCCCAUGACCAUGCCGAGUCUUGUGCUAGUGAUGAGUCUAACUGGUAUUUUCGUAGAUCUCAAUGCCACCAAUGGCAAAGCACGAGGCAAGUCUCGUAAAGUUACGAGAGAAGACUUGACAACUCACACGAGAAUCAUGCGUCGCACGUAUCUGAAGAGCAACUAUAGCGAAACGGGCUACCAAACGCCCGUGACGCCUCACCUGGGAACCAAUCGAUCUUCUUUUGCGGUUGAUCCAGUUCCGGACCAACGAGACUCCAUGACCUCGCCGACGAAUGUGUUCCUUCGAGUUUACGACUCACCUGCCAACGCACGACAACGAAACUCUUACCGCAAUUUCGCUCUUAAUAGUAACUCCAUAGGCCGCGAAAACUCGUUCAUGAGUAACAACUCCGGACGCUACAGGAAUCCCAGCCGAUCGGGCGCCGACGAUGGAAUCGAUACUAGCUCGAGUCAAACAUUUAACCUUGCAGCGUUCCAGUUACUAAACAGCCCUACACCCAACAUUGAAGAGUACCCCGAUCGACAAUCGGCAACAUCUUUCUGCAGUAGUUCAGGCAGGAGUCCUCGAUCAUCUAGGGCUGAAAUGACUAUACCUGGUACACCAGUAGGCGGAAUUCCAGAAAACGCUACGUUUGGUGAACAAGUCGACAAUAACGCUGAUGAAAACGAUACCGAGUAUGAAAAUGGACAGGGUCAACCAAACGAUCGCGCGGUGGGAAGCUUUAAAAGCUUUUGCUCGAAGUACGGCGGAUACCCAGACAUGUAG